AUGCCCUUUAAACUUCCCGCUGAAUGUCUUAAUGAGAUUUUUGAAUAUUUAGAGGAUGACAGGGUUGCUUUACAUUCAAGUUUAUUAGUCAACCGUUUUUGGUGUGAAAUUUCCGUUCGAAUAUUAUGGAGGAAUAUUUGGAGUUUUAAAUAUACACUUUCCAUACGAUAUCAAUUAGGUUUUGAAUCCCAAAUCCUUGGAACUUUGAUUUCUUGCCUUCCCGAUGAGUCAAAGAACCUUUUAUUUAAGAGUGGGAUUUUUAUCGCUACCCCAACUUCUAAACCUCCAUUAUUCAAUUAUGCAUCAUACUGUAAAGCACUUUCAAUUCAUGAAAUUGAUCAAAUGAUCCUUUGCGUUCUUGAAAACCAACAACCUAUCACUUCACGUAGCAUAAAUUACAAUAAAUACCUAGUAUCACAAGAAAUCUUAAAAAUGUUUAUGAAACAAAUUCCUUCCUUAAAAGAGUUGAAUUAUAACUCAACCGGGGAUAGGGAGAAUACGGGGAAUAUCAUUUUCACUUACUUUCCUGGAUCGAUAAAUUGUUUAGCAUACCUUCAAGUAUUAAAUUGUAGUUCAAAUAUUUGUUCCGAAUUUUAUUUUCAACUGUCACGAGUGUGUUGCAAUAUAAGGUCACUCGCUAUAGAAUUUGAAGAGUUUGCUUCUCAAGGAUUAAAAGAUUUGAUCUCUUCUCAGAACAAUUUAAAAUGUUUGACAUUAAUGUUAUAUGAUUACAGUGUGAAUUGGACGGAACUUAUACCUUCUUUAACGAAACAUUCGACCACCUUAACAAAGUUAAAACUCAGCGGAUAUGGACCUUUGUCAUUUAUCUCGAUCUUCUCGAAUUUACAAGAGCUCACUUUAACAUUUAAUUAUGAAGAGUAUUUUGAAGAUUUUAAAGAGUUACAAUACGCUUCCUUCCCUCAAUUACAAAUCUUAAAAUUUUUAUAUAAAUACCCGAAACGUGAGUAUUUGGCCAAAUUUUUAGAGAUCAAUGGUAAAAGUUUAAGAGGUUUUUGUGCGGUAGGUUUCGAUAAUUCGUUAAAUUUGACCCUGGCUAGAUUUUGUCCAAACCUUCGAUCACUCUAUAUCACGAUCAUGAAGAAUGAAAUCGAAAGGUUAAAAGGAAUCUUGAACGGUUGUCAACAAUUGGAGAGUAUAAAAGUUUGGUGCGGUAAUGAAUAUUUAAAAGAGAAGGAUUUUUUGGAAAUUUUGGUAAAAUUUUCAUCAAAGAACCUUUAUAAAUUAAAAUUAUAUAACGUAUCAAACUCUUUAUUAACCCCGGAUGAUUUGGAGAAAUUCUUUACGAGUUGGAUGAAUCGUGUACCACGAAGAUCACUUUAUUUGAUCAUCAUUAAAGGAUUUGGUAUAAGUAGUUUGGAGGUUAAAAAAGAAAAUAUGGAAAUAAUCGAAAAGUAUAAAAAGUUGGACGUCAUUAGAAAAUUCGAAACUAUAAAGUACUUUGACGACUUUGCUGUACUUUAA